UUGGCUUUGGGCAGAUGUUUGCCAGGUUCAAUUAUCCAUUUUGAGAGGAUUGCUGGGGCUGACGUUUCCAUGCCUACUCCAGCCAACCUCGAGAGAUCGAUCAUCCGUUCCUCAGGUUGUCAGAAAGCAGGCUAGUUUUACUUCUUCUUCAUUGCACUCGUGUUUUACUGCAGGCAACAAAAUUUUUUGUUGUUGGCCUUAGUUUUCUCGGCGCAUUCAUUCAUUGUAUGCAAAGACUUUAAGUUUUCUAUGGACAAAAGUUCUUGUUUAAAUCUAGACAUUUAGUCUACUCUCACUUAGCUUUGCAAAGGUUAGCUAAUUUUCUGAAGCAAAAGAUGUACUGCAAGUGGCGCCAGCAGAGGACUGUCGUCCCCUCCGGAGAUACACAGGGAGGGUAUGGCCCGGGUAGCCAACUUCUUAAGCGAAGAACUGGCUCGGACUGCCACCGAGACAGGGAGCCAGGAGCUGGCCCGCAUUGGCCACCGGGUGGGCCAACGGCCGCCCCAAGCUGUCGGCCAAACGGAGAGCCAGGGGCUGGCCCCCAUUGUCAUCAUGUUGAGCCAAGAGCUGGCUCGGACUGCUAUCUGGACGGAGAAUCAGCAGCUGUCUCAGCUUGCCACCAUGUUCAGCGAGGGGCUGGUCCGCGUUGCUCACCGAGUGAGCCACCAGACAGAGACUGCCACCCAGACAGCCCAUAUUGCCACUCCAUUGGGGCAGGAGCUGACCGGGAUUGGCCAACGGAGCCAGCAGCCACCCCAGACGACCGCCCUGGACAGCGACAGCAUUGUUACCUCCUUUGAGUCGGCGAAGGCCAGGCCUUCCGAUGCUGGAUCGGAGGAGCCAUAGCAUCAUACUGCGAGGGAGCUCCAGCGGAUCUAUGGGAAAGAUGAAGUUAAAAUGCCGUUUUCGUUAUGAUAUUGCUUGCUGUAGGAUCAAUCCGUGACACCGUAUAUUAGCAUUAUGGCUUUACUUUUGGUUGGGGUAUUUUAACUUGGUUUGAGCAAACAGAUGCUUAUGGACGGAUAAAUCGUAGCCUACUGUAUAUUUUCCGGAAAGUUUGAUAGGUCGGGCUAAGAAUGAAUGCUAUCGAAUAGAAUUUGUGAGGC